CGCUAGAUAUUAGGCUUGUCUCAUGUUUAACUUAUGUCGCAAUACUGUGGGUUUGUCUGUCUAAAAAUGUUGUUCCAACUAGAUUUGCGUUUCAAACCUUUUUAGUUAGUAAAAUUUCAUGAAUAGUGCAGAUUUAAGAUUGUCUCAUAUAUUUGACGGAGGAAUUUGAUUUGUAAAAAGUGUUUGUGAAGUGUUUAAUACUUGUUUGUGGAUCAAUAGCGGAGCAAAUGAUAAAGUUGUUCAUUUUUCUUGCUCAAUAGAGAUUGUAUACAAUUUUGUACAAGUGAACCAAAUAUAAUGAAUUCUAAUAGCCACAAUCAAACCCGUAGAAACUCAUCUAGUUUUAAUAGACUUCCUAAUAACCAUUCAAAUCGUAGUAAUCACCCCCACGGCCAUCAGCGGUGGCAAAAUAGAUAUCACAAAGAAUACAAUAGAGAUUUUGAGAAUGGCUUUAACCGAGGUGAAUGUUCGGUAGUAUCAAAUGGUAAUCAGAAAGAUUCAGGAUAUGUCCAUGGGUUUCCAAAAACUCCACAGCUCAGCCCCCUAUCUAGGAACAACCACAUCCACUACAACAGUGAAGCAUCUGUACACCAACAUUCAGAUAGGCGUCAUCCAAUGACCCAAGGUUACCACAAUGUCAAUGUCAAUGACCGCAGGAUUGUUCCACAACUCAGUGAUAGGCGGCACAUCUCUCCACCAUUGCACAUAAAUAUAUGUGAUAGUGCGAGUAAUAUUAACAACCAACCUGAAGCAAUUCGUUCUAGAAGCCUAAUAGACUUUUCCCAAAGAAGACAUACCAGGGAAAUGUUGGUGUCUCCCGUUCAUUUUCAACCACCAUCUCCGCCAUAUUAUAGGCAGGCUAACGGCGAUGACAGCAUUAAAAGUGAGAGUCCGUCACGCAAGCGCCGAAGAUUGUCAAGAUCGGGCCAUCAUAUUGAUUUAGCUGCCGGAGGACCUCCAUCUCCGCCACGCAGGUCACCAAGGCAACAUCAUCCACCAUCCGCCAUUCAUUAUCCAAUACAGGGAAGUCCACCACUCAGACGGCCACGGUAUAGAGACAGGAAUGAUUUUGCUCACACUCACCAUCAAACAUUCCUUCCCAGCCCACCACCAGUACCACACCCUCAUUCUCAUCAGAACACUGUAAUGGUUGAUAUAAAUCAGGUUCCAGUAACCAUUCCCAUGACUCACCACCACCACCAUGACGGACCUCCUGUAUGGAGCUAUCCUGCUGGGGCGCCUCAUAUUUCUUUAUGCGCCGCUCCGCCUGGUGCCCCACCGCAUCUUCACUCUUGCCACGUCCAUGGUCAUGUGUAUGCAGGAGCGCCCCUCGUCCCAGCUCCACCUCCGCAAUUCACUACUAGUUGUUUGGCCCCUCAAGGUUACGGAUUGGCGCCAAAUCCGUUUGCGUCUGCCCCCGCCAACACAAUACCUGUUUCUGGUCAUCAGCAUUAUCCUAUACCGACCAGACCCGAACUGGCAGAGUUGGAACUGCUACAUCAGAGAGAGCAGCAUCAGGCUUUACCGCAGUUGCCGCCAUCGUUGCAGGUUCCUCCAUCAGCUGCUUCCUUGUUCCUCUCAGAAGCCCGCGGAGCGUCACUAGAAAUAAUGCGUCAGCGUGGCUCUCAUCAUAACACUCGGUUGACCCCACCAAGAGCACGUUGGCAUCAUAGCCCACCAAUUAUGGCACCUGCGCGGUAUUCUGGAUUCUUGUUACAUUUCUUGACAAUGUUCAGUAACCCUCCGAUGUCCCCUUUCAGUCAGACAGAUUUAAGUAGUUCCGAUAGUACAGAAACAGAAAAUUACGAAGCUCUGCUAAAUCUAGCUGAGCAACUGGGAGAAGCUAAACCCAGAGGCCUUGCAAAGCUUGAAAUCGAACAGCUUGUCAGCUAUAAGUACAAUGCAGAUACGCACGAAGGCGAUCAGACGUCCUGCGUUGUGUGUAUGUGUGAUUUCGAAGCUCGGCAGCUGUUAAGGGUGCUACCCUGUUCUCAUGAGUUUCAUGCAAAAUGCAUUGAUAAAUGGCUUAGGUCAAACAGAACAUGUCCAAUAUGUCGUGGCAAUGCUUCAGACUACUUUAACAAUAGCGAUUAGGAGGCUAUUGGGAAAAACUCUUAAUCGAGUUUUAGUUGUCUUCUCCAGGUGCCAUUAGUUGCCAGUAAAUUAGAAUAUAAAUGUCAAAUAAAGCAUCCAAAUAUUUAUGUCUGCCUUUUCUCACUUGUGGCGUCGAUUCAUCCAUGUAGUUAUGGUAAAGUAUCCUUAACGUAUCUCGAUAUUUUCUAACAUUUUAAUAAGUAUACAAGGUUCAUGACUAUAAAAUGGUAAAGUAUGGUAAAUUCACAAAAUUGAUGAAGGGUGUUAUUCUUUUCGUUUUUUCUCCUCGCCAUUAAACUACUGAUGAACAAGCGGGAUUCAACACUUCUAUUCCGGUAAAGACAAAAUCUGAUACCUGGAAAAAUUUAUUGUGUAUUGUUUUAGACAAAUAGUAAAAUGGUAGUUGCUUUUGCCAGUAUUUAUAAUUUCCUAUAAGGUAAUACCCCUCUCGUGCCCUACUUUGCCAUUUUUUUUGUUGGAACCCAAAGUAGUAGGAUAAUGAAUGCACUAUACUCAACGAAAGUUUGAAUACAACGGACAUCUGGUGCCAUAUGUUCUCUAAUCAACUAUUAAUAGUGCAUCAUACCAAAAUAUGUGUUUUAUGAGACCAUCCAUUGAAAAUUCAUUGAAGAAAUUAAUUGAUUUUUGGUGUCAAAGAUUAACUUUGCCCUUGUUUUGAUGUUUGUAUUUGCCUGAUAACUUUUAAACUACCUCUAACAUAAAGUCUGCAGCAUAUUUAAGCAAUUCGAAGCUCGCCAAAUGGUUUCCAACAUGUCAUUCCCUCAGUACGCAGGCGUACUAUGGAAUUCGCGUAUCUUUACCUAUUUCCUAAAUUUGCUGAUCUCAUUUAGAAAGUAAAAGUAAAUUUAUGUUCAGUUUGGCCAUUAGAUUUAUUCACUUAGCACCCCUAAGCAUUCGGGAACAUUUGGCGGGAGUUACUAUUAAUUUGUUUAACUAAAAAAUAUUGUUAACAGAUUUGUACUACUUGUUUUUGAGCACAAUGAUUUUUCAUUUGUUAUGCGUAUGUGAUCAUUUUGUUAAUAAUUAUUGCUUUUGAUGUUUCAUUGUUAAUAAUUUUGUCAUUUUCCUUUUUUGUGUAUUUAAGGAAUAAGGAGCACAAAUGCAUCAUUGUUGGUAAAGUUCAUGGCUACAAUUUCUGAAACUAAAUAUUCAUUAGGGACAUGUUCUUUGUUUAAACAAAAUUUCAAUAAAGCUCCAAAAUUAAUAUAUAACAUGUUUAUUCAGCAAAGUGAUCACAAUUCCUAUUGUGGUUACUAAACACUUACUGUAGUUCUUAAUUUGUAGCCAUAGUCUUCUCUUAAAACAUUAAAUUGAAUGAAAAUUAUCUAAGUUUGGGAACAAUAGCAAGUUAGACUAGUCCGUACUAUUGUAGAAAAGUAGGAAAGCCAAAAACAAACCUACAACCAACCAAAAUCUGGAAAUCUUUUGAAGAAAUCCCCUUUGCAUAUAACCAAGUAUUGGAGGGUCGAUUAGUUUUGUUUAAGCAAAAUCAAUGACUGAUUUUAAAACGUUAAGUCGCAAUAAUCAAAGUGCAAUUAUCGAGUUUUGGGAAUUUUAGCCUAACGCCUUAUUGAAACACAAACUGUGUCGGUUUAUUGUCUAGGUUUAGUAGUAUUAUCCUUAGUAAAUUGUAAUGAAGUCGCUUUACAUGUUUCCACUGUGCUUAGACAGACAAUUCACAGUAUAUUGUACAGAGAAUAUUAAAAAUUUAUAUAUUAGGUGUGCCUUUAAAUUGUACAAUUUACUUUUUAUGUCGUUUCGGCCUCUGCACCAAUAAACGUUAACAUUCUCCGAGUAAAGUUUAAAACGCGUAUACAAAAUAAAGAUUCUGUAUUUUUGAGUAGCAUCUUGUAGAAUAACUUGAUUAAUAGGAGUUGAUUUAGUCUGUAAAUAUGUUAAGAGUGGUUGUUUCUUUAACUUUUUUUAAAGAAUUUUGUUACCAGGAGUUUUGUUUAAUAUACUAUUCAAUCAAAUUGCAUUAAACCCAGCGUGUGGUUAAUUUUACAUAUAUUUGGUUCUGAUUAAUAUUCAAAAUAGAUUGCCCAAAUAGCAAAUUCCAUCUCUUUCAUUAAACAAACAUCUAAUAAAUGAAAGGCAACAAAAACAGCAUUGUAUUUUUUCUAACGUCAUAAUUUUUUAAGCUGAAUUUUGUCUACUUCUGCCAAUUCUUUUGUUCUGUGACCAACAUUUCUCAAUUAAAAAAAAAAAAAUCCUGUUGAAAAAAACAAAGUAAAUAAUCACAUCCCAAUUUUUGUAACAGGUCGUUUAAAUUGUCACAAUGAAAACUUUUGAUAUUCCCUCAAGAUAGUUUUAAAAAUUACUUUAGUCAGAAUAUCAGCCCAGUGACAAUCGAUUAGGAGGGGUAUAUCACAUAUGCAAAGGGUUUUUAAAAUCUCUGGGUUUAAUGAAAUGAUUUCUUACUAACAUUUUAUAUUUAAAAAUUGUCCACGUUGAUUUAAUAUUUUUUUGUACUUUAAAUCAGCUGUAAAAAUAUAAGAUAUACAUAAGUGAUGUGCCAUAUUUAAUCUCCGUCAUUUUGUUAUCAUUGCCAGUCUAAAAAGGCUCCAAGAGCAAACUGCUACAGUAAAAAAUUUUAUUAAAAGAAUAAAACUAUUUGGAACAAAACAAUUACUCCUUAGAUUAAUUUGUGUUUCAGUUUUUUAUUGAACGUAAUACGAACAAUACUGUUUGUUUUAUUAAGAAAUAUUUGAAAGAUUUUGUUUUAAAACUCCUGUAAAAAAACUGUAAACCAUUUUUGUUUAUGGGGUAGGUAUGCGGAAACAUAUCCAGUAGAAGUGCAAUAGGACAUAUUAAAAAAUUAAGGCAGCAUUGCACGUGCAUUCACAAUUUUAGCGAUUGCUACAUAAUCAAAAUGUUUUAUAGGUUGUAUUUUUGUGGGUGUGACUAUGUAAAGUGAUACUUUUGCUUUAGUGACUUUUAAUGUUUCCAUAUUUAAGUAGAAGCUUUCUAGUGCUACGAUUUGCUCUUAUUUCAAUAAAAUA